AUGGACCUCAUCGAUUCGCGCCUUGGAUUGCUGCAACCUCUGAACUCGUACAGCGAGGACGGCAACGACAAAGAGACUCCGCCACAACUCUCAGAUCUCUCUUCACAGGGCUCUUAUGGAUAUGAUGAGUACCAAAAGUUAGGGUUUGAGGAAGAAGACAACUUGGAGAAGACCACCACUCUAAUGUCCAAGAACUUCCCUCCUGGGAUUUGUGGUCCGUCAAAAGAUGCCCUCAAGUUUCGAGCGAUGAACAAUAGACCUGAAGGUGUUCAUCAUCAGCCUCUCAUAAAUUUCAAGAGCAAUAGUGGCUAUGAAAAUUUCAGGCAAGCCAGUGGGUCUUUACUCAGCUUCCAACAGAGCCAAACGGAUGACCUAAAGAACAGUGACUGCUUUGGGUGGAAAGAUGAUGGCAUCAUGAGCAAUUACAACUAUCACUACUUGAAGCAGAUCGAUCCAAAGAGCAGCUCAGACCACCCGCGGAUCGUAGAGGAUAUGAACUGCUAUCAGUCCGCUAGCACUUAUGUCUCCGUGGUUCAUAACGCAGUUGUGAAGCACGGAAACAGUUCAAGUAAUUGGCUGUACUCGGAAGCGACGGCUGUCGCAGAUAGCAUCCAGGAAUCCGGAGCGCAAGAAGCAGGAUUUCACAAGCGUGCUUACAUGGGAGAGAGUCCGCAAGCCUCAAAGAAGCAAUGCACGAGCGCCUCCAAGAGCUCAUCAAAAUCCAAGACGCCUUCAUCACCAAAAGAUCCGCAGAGUGUUGCCGCAAAGAACCGGCGAGAAAGGAUCAGUGAGCGACUCAAGAUACUGCAGGAUUUGGUUCCAAAUGGUAAUAAGGUUGACCUGGUAACCAUGUUAGAGAAAGCUAUCGGUUAUGUCAAGUUUCUCCAGUUGCAAGUGAAGGUGUUGGCAACAGAUGAAUUUUGGCCAGCGCAAGGUGGGAAGGCUCCUGAUAUUUCCCAAGUGAAGGAAGCCAUUGAUGCCAUCCUAUCCUCUCAGAGAGACAGAAGCUCAAGCUCCAAGUGA